AUGAUGCGAGGGAUUUUUUUUUGUGGUAGUGCGCUGGUGGCACUCGCAGAAGCGCAGCAGUUGUAUCUUACAACAACUGGCUACACCGAGCGUCCGCAGUGUACGCAGCCGGUUGCAUCACCUCAGUACUCUUUUCGUCCGUUCUCUUAUACAUUGAAUGAGACUGUUCGAUAUGCUACCUCGGUACCGACACCGACAACCACUCAAACCUAUGCAGCACCAUACUCUGAGGCCGUCAAGUAUCUCACCACACCUCCGGUAACUACAACAUGGGGCAACUGGCUACCAGACCAGACGGAGAUCACAGCCUCGGACACCGAUGAUUCCUACGGACAAGCGGCAUGGUCUUCGCUAUGGGAGCUAGCUGGUAUUAAGAAUUACACGACUACCGGGAUGUACUCGACGACGGUCAGCCCGACACCGGUUUCAACCAGUGAACUAGUCCUGCCACCUCAAGACUACUUUGGACCUACGGACUGCUACAACUUCCCAGAUGAUUUUGUCUUUGGUGUUGCUGGAAGCGCCGCUCAGGUCGAAGGUGCCAUUGGCUUGGAAGGUCGCAGCCCUACCAUCCAAGAGAAUCUAGCAACUGUCGAUCAGCCGAAGAACUAUGUGGCCAACGAGAAUUAUUACUUGUACAAGCAAGAUAUCCAGCGCCUAGCGGCUAUGGGUGUCAAGUACUAUAGUUUCUCGAUCCCGUGGACACGAAUUCUACCGUUUGUGGUGCCUGGGUCUCCCGUGAAUGAGCAGGGUGUCAAGCACUAUGACGACUUGAUCAACACGAUUCUAGACGCGGGAAUGCAGCCGGUAGUGACGCUCCUCCAUUUCGAUAGUCCAUGGCUAUUCGUGUCUAGCGACAACUUCCUUGCUACUCCUGAUUUAGGUAACGCCAAUGGAGGUUAUCAAAACGAGACCUUUGUGGAUUCGUUCGUCAACUAUGCAAAAGUUGUCCUCACUCAUUAUGCUGAUCGAGUUCCGGUAUGGUUCACAUUCAACGAACCUUUCCUCUACUCGUUCAACUUCACCGGCGCCAAUAAUGUCGUGCAUGCGCAUGCGCAAGUAUACCAUUUCUACAAGGAUGAGCUGAAAGCAACCGGCAAGUUGGGAAUCAAAUUUAACGACAAUUUCGGUAUCCCUCGCGACCCUACAAAUUCCAGCGACAUUGCUGCAGCAAACCGAUUCCAGGAGAUCCAACUGGGCCUUUACGCCAACCCCAUCUUCCUCGGAAAGCAAUACCCCGAUUCCGUUCUCGAAACUCUACCAGGAGCCAAACCCCUUAGUGAAGCCGAACUCUCCUACAUCGGCAACACCUCCGACUUUUUCGGCAUCGACCCCUACACAGCAACUGUAGUCUCCGAACCACCAGAAACAUUUACCGACUGCGCAGCAAACCACACGGCAACCAAUGAACUCUUCCCCUACUGCGUCAUCCAAGAAACCAAAACCAUUCACGGCUGGAACAUUGGCUACCGCUCCAACAGUUACGUUUACAUGACACCCACCUACCUCCGCGAGUACCUUAACUACCUCUACAACACCUUCCACAAGCCAGUACUCGUUUCGGAAUUUGGAUUCCCCGUGUACAAAGAGGCCGAGAAAGAAGAGCUCUCUGAUCAACUGUUUGAUACGCCGCGGAGUAUGUAUUAUCUGUCGUUUAUGUCGGAGAUUCUGAAGGCGAUUCAUGAGGAUGGAGUGCAUGUUAUGGGGGCGCUGGCAUGGAGUUGGGCGGACAAUUGGGAGUUUGGGGAUUAUAUGCAGCAGUUUGGGUUACAGGUCGUGAAUCGGACGACGCAGGAGAGGUUUUUUAAGAAGAGUUUUUUUGAUUUAGUGGAUUUUGUGGGGGCAAGGAUGCUGUCUUCCUAA